AAUAUUCCCGACUACAAACUUCCCCACGGAGCACACAUGCUGCCAUGAGAGGCAGUGCUGCUGGGGGCAGAGCCGGAAACUGGGGCGGCUGCUGCGAGCAUGUGAACUUGCUAUUUGUUACUUCUCUCUUACGAUGUUUUCCUUGAAUAUUUCUUCGGUCUAUUAGCAGCACCCGGCUGCUCCCCCUCCUCCUGCACUCUCAUUGCCUGACUUCCCACAGCCUCCCCUGGGUUGUACCCUGUGUGUGAGUGCGGCGCUCAGAUCAUAUUACAGCGCAGAACGGCGGCGAGGUGCUGCCCCUGGAAGCAGCUGCUGGACUGGGUGUAACUCCGAGGGAGGACCUGGAUUUCACUGACACCCCCUACCUGAUUCGCCGUGCCUAAAAUGGCUGUCAGAGCUCACUAUCAGGGACUUGGAAUGGAGGACACCAUUUGGGAACAGUACACUGUGACAUUACAAAAGGAUUCAAGAAAAGGAUUUGGUAUUGCUGUUUCUGGAGGAAGAGAUAAUCCACAUUUUAAUAAUGGGGACAAUUCCAUUGUGAUCUCUGACGUGCUCCCAGGAGGUCCUGCUGAUGGUCGCCUACAAGAGAAUGAUCGUGUUCUUCUGGUUAAUGGUACCCUCUUGGAUAAUGUUCCGCACUCAUUUGCUGUUCAGCAACUAAGAAAAUGUGGGAAAACAGCUGUUCUGGUAGUUCGAAGACCAAGAAAGGUACAAAUGGUUGCCCCAAGCAAAUCUGAGCCAGCGUUGGAUAUAAUGGAUGACUACUCAGAGUUUGAGAGCAGACCUGCAUACAGUGAUAGGAGUGGAUAUGGUGGAUCCCGAAGUAGAGAUCCAAGUCCUGACAGAGGCUUCAGAAGGGACCAAGAAAGAGGGCCUUAUUAUGAAAGAGAUCAAAGAGUUUAUGCAACCCGAGCAAAAAGCGUAGACCAGGACCUUAAUGUGGGUUAUGGACUUGGGCAAGACCAUAGCCGUGGCAGAAGUAUAGAUCGUGGUUUAAAUGAGGACCCGGCAUAUAAAAGAGAACGCAGUCGUGGCAGAAGCAUAGACCGUGGUCUGGAUGAAGAUCGUGGGUACAGAAGGGAAACUAGCCGUGGUAGGAGCCUUGAUCGUGACUUAGAUGACCCACGUACCUAUGGAAGAGAUAGCAGUCGUGGAAGAACCUUGGAUAGAGAUGACUUGUAUGACCGAAAUGCACGUUAUAGUCCAGACCGUGGCUAUGACAGAAGAGCUUCACCUGAGCGUAAAUAUGAUAAAGAAAUGCAGAAAAGUCAUAGUCGAGACAGACUUCAGUCCCGUAGUCCAUCCCCUCAAGCUUAUGGUGAUUCAGGCAAAACUACCAAUGUUCUAUUGACAAAGAAAAAAUCAAAUGAGGAAUAUGGCCUUCGUCUUGGAAGUCAGAUUUACAUAAAGGGAUUGACAAACACUGGGUUAGCAGCCAAAGAUGGGAAUUUGCAUGAAGGAGAUAUUGUUCUCAAGAUAAAUGGUAUUUUAACCGAGAACAUGUCUUUAACUGAGGCCCAGGCGUUGAUCGAGAAAUCGCGAGGGAAGCUUCAGCUGGUGGUCCUUAGAGACAAAAAGCAGACUUUAAUUAAUUUGCCAUAUGUGGAAGACAGCGAUUCUGAAAUGGAAGAUGACCCACCAUACACAAACAAGAGAAGAAAUCCAAGAUCCAAAGAGCAGUGAGCCAAAUAAAGGUCCAUGUUGAUGGGUCUUCCAACCUCAGAUCAAUUGUGUGUUCCUCUAACCAAAGAUAUCAACGUCUGUGAAAAGCCAAGAUAUUUGAAUUUUGUAUUCCAUUAAAGAUACAUUGUUAACAAAACAAACUAAAUCAUUGCUCUGUAUUGUGAAAUGUUAUUUGAAUCAAUGUUUGUUUACAUUCAAGAGAUUUAGUAGAUUUUAAUACAGAUUUCUAAAAUA